AUGUCGAAUACUCAAUCAGAUAGCGAACUCAAUCAAUCUUGUAAGCACUUGUUAUCUGAGUUUGCGCCGAAAGAAUUGGAGUUAUAUUCCUCCAAAUGGAAUGUCGAGAAUGUGAUUCCUGAUGACAUUAAAAGUCAAAUAACAUCCAUUUCAAGUGAAAACAGUAACAGUCAAUUGAGAUUUGUCUUAGCGUUUCUAAAUAUUGUCAGCUUAUUGAAACAACAGAAGAGAACAGGCUGGUUGAAUUUUGGCAUUGAUGAUUGCGAAUCUAUUUCUGAUCAUAUGUAUAGGAUGGCAAUCAUCUCAAAACUAUUGAAAACCAAUUUUUUAAAUUCAAAAUGCGUUGAAAUCUCCAUAGUUCAUGAUCUAGCUGAAUCUUUGGUUGGCGAUCUCACUCCAAGUGAUCCAAUAUCUAAAAAGGAAAAACACUACAGGGAGUUAUCGACCAUUAUUUAUUUAACUGAAAAGUUGAUUAAACCUUAUCACGAGAAAGCGUCUGUUGAAUUUCUCAACUUGUGGCUUGAGUAUGAAAAUCAGUCGUCAAUUGAAGGAAAAAUAGUCAAGUCUAUAGACAAGUUCGAGAUGAUUAUCCAAGCUUUUGAGUAUGAAAAAAGAUAUAAGGGAAAAUUAAAUCUCGAGCAAUUUUUCACUGCAAUCAAUGCCAUCCAGGUCGAGGAAGUAAGAGACAUGGCGGAUGAAUUAAUCAAGGAAAGAAAUGAAUUUUGGCUUGCUUACAAAUGA